GUCAGCGGAAUGAUUGCAAAUGACGCAACCAAACCAGCUGUUGUCACGACGUAUAUAAAACACGCCAGAACGAGGCGAUGUAAGUAACUUCCGAUGACUGAACCAAUCGGAGCACCGCAGACCACAACAGGAAUACAUACGAGGAGAUAAACCCAAGCAUCUUCCGGGAUAUCACUCUGUAUAACACCACGCCAAAAGAAUGUGAAUAAUGAAUUCAUCGCCAUAACAAUGACCGAGCUUGGGGCAGCUGUUUUUUCAGUUACACGAAAUAAAAGCGUGAUUAUGCUGAAACUCAUUAUGUCUAGUCCACUGCCUCCGAUUGCUGUAAAUAUACCUCCGAUGAAACCAGUGAUGAACAAUACUCCUGCCUUCCAUGCGUUGAUAAACAUCACAGACGUAAAUGUUCGUCUAUUCCGAUAUCUGUUAAGUAGAAACAAGGCAAAUCCAAACGAGAAACAAAAAGACGUAAACAUGAACUUCUUGACGGGUGGACUUAGGUGUAUGUCUAGAACUUCGAGCCCUACCACAACUCCACCAAAACCCCCGAGAGUACAGAAUAUGAGAGCGCUCUUAUCGACUUUAAAUCCCAUGAACUUAAUGGUAAACAUUGCAGCAGUUAAACCGAAUGACUGUAUCAAAAUGCUGAAGUCACGCGCUGUUUUUGGAGAGAUCUCUAACGCGAGAGUCAUCACAGGGAACACCAUAACGCCACCACUUAUCCCCGUCAUACCUGAAAAUAAGAGGCGAUUAAUCAUUCAGGAUAGAUGAAAAGAAAGGGACAACGAGUAUUAUAAAGAAUAAAUCUAAAUACGUCAUUGUAUUUGGUAUUUAAUUUUUAGAACGUCGAAGAGCUUUGAACUAUGGAAACCCUUUUGAACAAUCUAUCUAUUAAAAACUAUAUAGAUUGAUAAUAGCUUAAUUGCUCAUACUUUAUAUAUGCUGU